ACUAGUGUUCCCUCACUCACUCUCACCAGGCACGAUUUCAACGUUCCAAGUCUAACCUCCGAAUUCAUCUCUACAUCUCUGAAACUCUGGAUCUGAUUUUCUAAAAUCCUUUAGCUAUCUCCACGUAACAGAUAAACUAUCAUUCUCAUCCUAAAUUAAAACUCUCAUCUAAUUCAUUAACAGGAUUUUGGUGAGUCUACUCCUGCUCUUUCUCCUCAGUUUACAGUUCGAGGAGAAGCAAACCCCUUUUUUAUAUUCCUUAGAACUGCAAAAAAAAAGAACUGCGACUUUGAUGAUCAGGGUCUUUCCUUUUAAGUAGUUUAUGCUUGGCUUCUUGGAAUUGAAUCUGAAAUCAUAAUCUUUAUCUGUUAAAUCUGUCCAAUUGCCUAUUUGGGUAUGGUUCAUUUGCAUAAAUCUCGAUGCUUUUCUGCUGGAUUUGAAUUAUCAUGAAUAAAUAUCCGUUUGGCUCAAACAAUCCUAAGUCCUUCAAUGCAUAUCCAAGGGGUGACUUUGAUAUAGAAUCAGGAACUAUCAAAAGAACCAGAAGUAGAAAAUCAUCAAUUUACCCUGUUAGAAUGGCUAAGUCCUGGGCUAAUCGGCUUCAUUACUAUUACAAGCUACAUCCACUAUUUGUUUUCUCUAUUUCCUUGGCAUUCGGGGUCACGAUCCUCAUAGUUUUAUCUCUAUAUGAGCAACACUAUAGGGUGCUGCGUAAUUAUAUGAAACUUGAUGAUGGCUUUGGCAGUUAUUAUCCCUUUGCUAAGCUUAAGAAUCUUGUAAUGGUUGCUGGGCAUUCGGUUUAUACAAGCAGUAGUUGUGAAAAAGCUGACAAGGAGGAUUCUUGGUUUUUGGAGUCUUAUCAGAAGAAUCCAGGCCAGGCUGCCACAUUUUUGGCUCACAUAAAAGAAGGGAUAGAAAGCACUGCACUAGAUGAUGAGGCUUUGCUUCUUUUUAGCGGUGGAGAGACUCGGAAAGAUGCUGGUCCUCGUAGUGAGGCGCAGAGUUAUUGGACAGUUGCUGACUCCGAAGGAUGGUUUGGGAAGGAAGAAAGUUUAAAGUGGAGGGCAUUAACAGAGGAGCAUGCAAGAGAUAGCUUUGAGAAUCUUCUCUUUACUGUUUGUCGGUUUCGUGAGCUUACUGGGACAUACCCACACAACUUAACUGUUAUAAGCUAUGAUUUCAAGGAAGAGAGGUUUGCGCAGUUGCAUCGCUCCGCCAUUGGGUUCCCAGAGUCACGAUUCUUGUAUAGAGGCACCCCAGCUCCAGUAACUUCAAUAGAAGCAGCUCUGAAAGGUGAGGCAUUGGUGAGAACUCAAUUUCAAGAAGAUCCAUAUGGAUGUAUGGGAUCACUUAAGAGGAAAAAACUAGGUCGUGAUCCCUUUCAUCGCUCAGUCCCAUAUCCCAAAGGAUGCCCAGAAAUUGAAGGUCUAUUUAGAUAUUGUGGGGCUGCUCCUUAUCGAACUUCUCUGCCGUGGACAGUGUAAAAUUUAAUACACUAUGUUACUUCUCUGCAGUCUCAUUAACAGCAAAUUAAUGGAUCAGGUAAUCGAAAUUCAAUUUCUUACACUAUCUUUUUCAACCAAGAAUCAAUAUGUAGAAACCAAAACUAUAUUCGUCCUGAAAAAUACAACCAGGCCAUGUUAUGCUCUUGUGCUUGUA